AUGGGAGACGAGACCGCACCCGAGCCUUACAGGCUGCCAGAAAACCCGACCUACGGAUUCGUAGGCAUCGGCGUCAUGGGAUAUGGCAUGGCGACCAAUCUCCGCGCCAAGAUACCUCAAACGGCCAAGUUCGUCCUCUGUGAGAUCAACGAAGCGAGAAGGGACCAGUUCGUCAAGGAAUGCAACCUGCCUGUAGAAGUGGCGCAUUCGCCGAAAGAGGUCGCAGAGAAGGCUGAUAUCAUUAUAACCAUGCUACCGCGCGCACCGCACGUCCAUGAAGUCUUCACAAACCCAGAAACAGGCUUCCUCUCCGCCCUUCCCCCCGCUACCGCCACCCCUCCGAAAUUGUUUCUGGAAUGCUCGUCCAUUGAAGUGUCCACGUCCACUUCUCUGGCGCGUCAAAUCCACUCCCAGAAUCUGGGUGUGUUUGUCGACGCGCCCGUCUCGGGUGGCCCGCAGGGUUCCAACGCCGGUACAUUGACAUUCAUGGUCGGGACUCCCAGCGCGGCGAUGUUCGACGUGGUGAAACCGAUCCUGGCGAUGAUGGGCAAGGAGGAGAACAUCUACCAGUGCGGAGGCCUGGGCGCUGGGCUGGCGACGAAGCAGUUGAACAACUAUCUAGGUUACGUUGGGUACUUGGGACUUUGCGAGGUCAUGAAUGCCGGCUUGUUGUACGGUCUGGACCCGAAGAUCCUGUCGAACGUGAUAAAUGCAUCCUCCGGCAUGAACUGGAACAGUCUCCACCACAACCCGGUGAAAGGCGUAAAUCCCAAUGCCUCCUCCGCGCGGGAUUUCAAAGGCGGCUUCACGACAGAGCUGGCCGGCGGGGUCAUCGACGACGCCGUGUCCCUGAUGGAUUCCGUGGGCGCCGAAACCGUCCUGGCGGAGCGCGUGAAGAAAGUGUUUGACGAGGCACGGAAGAAUGACAAGUGUAAAGGGAUGGAGGCACGGAGUGUUUGGAAGUUGUUCGCCGAGGAUGGGGGACGAGAUGUGAGGGAUCUGUAA